CCGCUCUCGGGCGUCUCGGCCGCCGCCUCGCAGCUGCGCCUGGGCUGGCCGGGCGGGCCCCGGGGACUGGCAUAUUUCACCAUCUGCGAAAACUUCCCUGUAAUUCAGUUUUCCUCACUCCAGUAUUAAGAAUUACACCAAAUUAAAAAGAUAUGAAUGAAUAUCCUAAAAAAAGAAAAAGGAAGACUUUACAUCCUUCUCGUUAUUCAGAUUCCUCUGGAAUAAGCAGAAUUGCAGAUGGAUUCAAUGGAAUUUUUUCUGAUCAUUGUUACAGUGUUUGUUCUAUGAGACAACCAGACUUAAAAUAUUUUGACAACAAAGAUGAUGAUUCUGAUACAGAGACAUCAAAUGAAUUGCCAAAAUUUACAGAUGGAAUCAAAGCCAGAAAUAGAAAUCAAAACUACUUGGUUCCCAGUCCUGUACUUAGAAUUCUAGACCACACUGCCUUUCCUACAGAAAAAUCUGCUGAUAUUGAAAUUUGUGAUGAAGACUGUGACUCCCCUGAAUCAGUCCACCAGCAAACCCAAGAGGAGAGCCCCAUAGAAGUUCACACUGCUGAAGAUGUUCCAAUUGCCGCAGAAGUGCAUGCAAUUUCUGAAGACUAUGAUAUAGAGACAGAAAAUAAUUCCUCUGAGAGUCUCCAAGACCAAACUGAUGAAGAACCACCAGCUAAACUUUGCAAAAUUGUUGACAAGAGCCAAGCUUUGAAUGUGACUGCCCAGCAGAAAUGGCCUUUACUGAGAGCUAACAGCAGUGGCCUCUAUAAAUGUGAACUUUGUGAGUUCAACAGCAAAUAUUUUUCUGAUUUAAAGCAGCAUAUGAUCUUGAAGCACAAGCGUACUGAUUCAAACGUGUGUCGAGUAUGCAAAGAGAGUUUCUCUACCAACAUGCUUCUGAUUGAACAUGCCAAACUCCAUGAAGAGGACCCCUACAUAUGUAAAUACUGUGAUUAUAAGACUGUAAUUUUUGAGAACCUCAGCCAGCACAUUGCAGACACCCAUUUUAGUGAUCACCUUUAUUGGUGUGAGCAAUGUGACGUACAGUUCUCCUCAAGCAGUGAACUCUACCUACAUUUCCAGGAGCACAGCUGUGAUGAACAGUACUUGUGUCAGUUCUGUGAACAUGAAACGAAUGAUCCAGAAGACUUGCAUAGCCAUGUGGUAAAUGAGCAUGCAUGUAAAUUAAUAGAGUUAAGUGAUAAGUAUAACAAUGGGGAACAUGGACAGUAUAGCCUCUUAAGCAAAAUCACAUUUGACAAAUGUAAAAACUUCUUUGUUUGUCAAGUAUGUGGGUUUCGGAGUAGACUUCAUACAAAUGUUAACAGACAUGUUGCCAUUGAACAUACUAAAAUUUUUCCUCAUGUUUGUGAUGACUGUGGGAAAGGCUUCUCAAGUAUGCUAGAAUAUUGCAAACAUUUAAAUUCACAUUUAUCUGAAGGGAUUUAUUUAUGUCAAUACUGUGAAUAUUCAACAGGACAGAUUGAAGAUCUUAAAAUUCAUCUAGAUUUCAAGCAUUCGGCUGAUUUACCUCAUAAAUGUAGUGACUGCUUGAUGAGGUUUGGAAAUGAAAGGGAAUUAAUAAGUCACCUUCCAGUCCAUGAAACAACUUGAUUGUUCUCC